UUGUCAGCAGGAACCGGUGUACGCAGCUCAGUGUUGUCGGCCGGCGUCUAGGCGACGAGGGUGCUAGUCUCUUCCUUCGGCUGCGGUCGCUGUGGAGCUCAGCCCGGCCAGUCUGGUUGAGGUGCUCGGCCGCCUGGACUGGGUCUAUGGUCGCUCCGUGGGCCGCUCUGCCGGCUGGUGCUUUUGUAGCAGGGCAAGCAGAGGUCCAUGGCAGGGAACUUCUGGCAGAGCUCCCACUAUUUGCAGUGGAUUUUGGAUAAACAAGAUCUGUUAAAAGAGCGCCAGAAGGACUUAAAGUUUCUCUCAGAAGAAGAAUAUUGGAAGUUACAAAUAUUUUUUACAAAUGUUAUCCAAGCAUUAGGUGAACAUCUUAAAUUAAGACAACAGGUUAUUGCUACUGCUACAGUCUAUUUCAAGAGAUUCUAUGCAAGGUAUUCUCUGAAAAGUAUAGAUCCUGUAUUAAUGGCUCCUACAUGUGUGUUUCUGGCAUCCAAAGUAGAGGAAUUUGGUGUAGUCUCAAAUACAAGAUUGAUCGCUGCUACUACUUCUGUAUUAAAAACUAGAUUUUCAUAUGCCUUUCCAAAGGAGUUUCCUUACAGGAUGAAUCAUAUACUAGAAUGUGAAUUUUACCUUUUAGAAUUAAUGGAUUGUUGCUUGAUAGUGUAUCAUCCUUAUAGACCCUUGCUCCAGUAUGUGCAGGACAUGGGCCAAGAAGACGUGUUGCUUCCCCUUGCAUGGAGGAUAGUGAAUGAUACCUACCGGACGGAUCUUUGUCUGCUGUAUCCUCCUUUCAUGAUAGCUUUAGCUUGCCUACACGUAGCCUGUGUUGUACAACAGAAAGAUGCUAGGCAAUGGUUUGCGGAACUCUCUGUGGAUAUGGAGAAGAUUUUGGAAAUAAUCAGAGUUAUUUUAAAACUAUAUGAGCAGUGGAAGAAUUUUGAUGAGAGAAAAGAGAUGGCGACUAUUCUUAGUAAGAUGCCGAAACCAAAACCACCUCCAAACAGAAGUUCCCUGAGUGAUUCUCCACUAAUGGCAGGGCCUGAAGCUGCAAGAUGAUGAUGGACAAGAUAAGGCAAUCUCCUAUUGUCACAGUUACUGUGAAGGAGAGCAGGGUCCAAAUGGAAGUCAGAACUCUAGCUACAGCCAAUCUUAGAACACCCGGAGGAAUCCUGUAGUGGACCACUUGGAAGUAAAGCAUGGAACAGUUUGAGUAAGGUCUUCACUGGAAAUCAGAUGCAAGCUAUUGGGAAUUCACUUAAUUUUCACAAAAUAAGUUUUUCUUACUUAAUUUGAUUCUAGUGUAUAAUUUAUUCAAUCUUAAUUACAAAAUUUUGUAAAGCUAUAAGGGGACCUAUUUAUACAUACACAGACAUUUCAAAGUUAACUUCUGUCUCACACAAAUAUAAUAGCUUUUUCUUUUAAUUAAGGCAGGAAACAUAAAGUGUCAUUUGUUUAAAAUUUUCUUUGGACAU